CAGCAGCAAUCAUCAUGACCGGCAGAGGCAAAGGAGGCAAGGGGCUCGGAAAGGGAGGCGCCAAGCGUCAUCGCAAGGUCCUUCGCGACAACAUCCAGGGCAUCACGAAGCCGGCCAUCCGCCGUCUGGCCCGUCGCGGCGGAGUCAAACGCAUCUCCGGCCUCAUCUACGAGGAGACCCGCGGUGUCCUCAAGGUGUUCCUCGAGAACGUGAUCCGCGACGCCGUCACCUACACCGAGCACGCCAAGAGGAAGACCGUCACCGCCAUGGACGUCGUCUACGCCCUCAAGCGCCAGGGACGCACCCUCUACGGCUUCGGCGGCUAAGCUACCGCAUCACCGCACAGCUUGGCAAAAAUCGGCCCUUUUCAGGGCCACCCAAAUAUCUCCGUCUAAUCUCAAAAGCAUUAUUGUCUGCUAACAAAGAAGAUUUAUCGGAAUUUUGUUCAUGAGAUAUGAGAAUUUAAUGAUGCACAGAGAUAAGCAUCAAUUGUUAUUUAUCAACAAUAUGAGAUCUUCAAACUGU